AUGGUUGUUCUCACAGUUGGAUACUGGAUUUUUACAGUUAUCGGAAUAAUUACUACUAUUUAUACGGCGACAUUAUGUGGGAUUAUCAUCAAGAAGUAUAUUCUGUGA